AUGGCACGGCGCGUGUCAUGGCUGCUUUCGAUCCUCCAGGUGCAGACUUGCCUCGGCGUUUCCGUGCAAGUGGAUGACCGUGGUGAGGCGGCAGCAGCAGCAGCAACAGGAGUAGCAGCUCCGCUGAUUCGCAAGGCAGAGGAGAAUACGUCCUCGUGGGUCUUCGUGCAUGUCCCCAAGACAGCAGGGACGACAAUCUGGGAUGCAUUGGGCCCUUCCUAUACUGACUCUGGACGCUACGACGAGGUGCAGUUCGCUUGCAUGAAGCACAACCCUCCAAAGCACCAUGUCCGAAACAGCUUCGCAAUCGUGAGGGAGCCGUGUGAGCGACUGGUCUCGGAGUUUGCUUGGGCCAAGAACCAGGCUUGGUUUGACAUUUACUACAAAGACUAUGGCGUCGUCAAGACCUUCCCGCCCACCUGUGAAAUGUUCAAUGGCUGGGUUCGUUCCGUGCUGCAGCGCUACACAGCGCAGUCCGACGUGGAAGACUGUCACUUGAUCCCGCAGUGGUGCUAUCUCUCCAAG